AUGUACCGUUUAAACUUUUCACCACUUCUAGAUUAUGAAACUUUGAAUAAAGUGAACAUAACUCUCAACAAAGGACUUUCAAUAGUAGAAUUAAAGGGUGAUGUAACAAACAGAAAAUCUCAAAUCUUGGAACUGUGGUUAACUUCGAACAAUAUUACACACAUUGAGGACAACAGUUUUUCGGUCUUCCCAAUGCUUCAAAUAUUAAGCUUAAAAAAUAAUAAUUUACAAAACAUAACAAAUGCUACCUUCCAGAUGCUCGUAAAACUGACCAUUUUAGAUUUAUCUCACAACGUAAUACAUUUUAUUGAGUCAGGUGCGUUCAGGCAGUUGGAAAGCUUACGAACUCUUGAUCUGAGUUUCAACAUGGUGAUGGAUUAUACAGUCAAAUAUUUUCCAGUUUACCUAUUCGCCUCACUUACAAAACUCGAACACCUUUCAAUUCAGGGCCACUCAAAACAACUUGAUUUAAAUUAUCCAGAAGCCGCUUUAUCGCAAUUAGUAAACCUCCAAUCCUUAAAAGUGGAUGGACUCAACACUUCUUUCGGUAGUGGAGUAAAAUCUUUAAAGCACUUGCGUCAUGUCAUGAUUGGUUCGAUAUGGCAAUUGUGCUUUUUGAAGACUAUCAAUUCAACAUUUUUUAUAAACCUGCCCCUAUUAAGGUCACUGGAAAUUUCCUACUGUCCUUUAUCAUGCGUUGACCCAAUGGCCUACAAAAAAGUCAACCUUACAAGUUUAUCCCUCAGUUACCUAUUGAAAUACGAUCUCUACACAGCCUUGAAUGAUCUCAGAGGCUUUCAAAACUCCUCUUUGAAAAAUCUUACCUUAAUAAAUCUGUACAAUAGGCUAUGGCCCUGCCGCUAUUUGAACGGAUCCAACGCCAAAUAUUUGAAAAAUAUCGCCCUUGAAAUGCUUGACCUUUCAGACAACCAGCUGGCGUUUCUGAGUGACGAUUUUGCAAACAGCUUGCCCCAAACAUUACGUAUUCUAAUUUUGAGGAAUAAUCGAUUUUCUUUGUAUGACCUUGUUAUCACGCAAGUCAGACAUCUGAUGGAAUUGACUGAAAUUGAUAUCAGCAUCCAAAACCGUGUGGAGCCUAGUCUUCUUAAAGAAGACCCGGAUGAAUCAUCACCCGAUGAAAAUGAAAUAAUUUGUCCUGCAGAAAUUCAAUCUAAUGAUAAGCACUUUAAUAAUAAGGAAACAGAUGUCUAUUUUAACCUUAAAGAUCAAAUAAAAGACAAGGUAACAUUAAACAAAGUUUCAAGUGAAAGAUAUGCUGUUGCUGGUCGUUUCACGGAUGUGUCGAGUAACAACAGAAAGUUACCUCCUAACCUUAGAUCUUUGAAGGCCUCUCAGUACUAUGGUUUAGGCAUAAUGUUAUUGCACACAAAGUGGAAGAAAAAUAAAUUGUCUGAAAUAGAUAUCUCAAACGGUUUUCUUUCCAAAUGGUGCAAUGGGAAUUUACUUGAAGGAAUUACUAAAAUUGACUUGAGUGAAAAUUAUUGCGAACACAUUGGCACAGAUUUCUUUCACAAUAACAAUUCCUUGAUUUAUUUGGUCCUGCAUGACAACGCACUUGGUGCUGAGUUUGCUGAAGAUAACGAUGGCGCUAUUCUUGCCAAAUUGUCUAAUUUAAAGUACUUGGAUAUUUCAUACAACCUGAUUUACAAACUUCCAUCCGAAUUCUUCAAGGGAUUAACUGCUCUCGAAACACUUAAACUUUCUAAAAACCAACUCCAAACUUUAAAUACGACAUUUUCUCACAUGACCAAAUUGCGGUACCUGGAUUUGAGUGGAAACUCUAUCGUCUGGAUCAGUGGAAAAGUACGCACUGACCUUGACCAGAUAGGAGAACAACUUUUGUUUGACCUAACACUAAACCCCUUACCCUGCACGUGCGCGGCCAUUGAAUUCUUAAACUGGAUGGCGACCACCAAAGUUCAACUGCUGAAAAAGGAUUUCCUGCAAUGUCGUUUUGAGAAUGGUGAAAUUGAAUUCAUAGGCGAUUUGGAACAAAGAGUCAGCAGUUUAAAAAGAAUAUGUGCUUCUAAAACUCUCGUUAUAGUUAUCUGUGUAGCUUCAAUGGGCGUCGUUGGAAUUUUUGUUGGUUGUGGAUUGAUCUACAAAAACCGUUGGAAAUUACGAUAUCUGUUAAACACAACAAAGUCUCGAUUGUUUGGUUUUAAACCUAAGGGUGAAAUGAAAUCCAGAUUUAAAUUCGAUGCUUACUUCAUCUACACAGACAAGACGCGUAGGUUUGUGUUAAAGGACUGCAUUCAAGAACUCGAGGAGAAACGUGGCCACAAGCUGUGUGUUGAGGAUCGAGAUUUUAUGCCCGGAUCACCAAUCAUUGCAGAUAUCCUCAGUGGCGUGCGAAACAGUCACAAGACAAUUCCUGUGAUCACCCCAGACUUUUACAGCGAAGGAGACUUUACGGAAUACAGCGUGAAGAUGGCGUUGAUGGAAGAGAACUACGAACGUAGACAGGUUCUCCAUCUGUGUAUCCUUGAGCCGACGGAUCAUGACGACAUGGACAACGAUCUACUGGCGGCAAUGAAGCGUAACUCUUACACGGAGUACCCUCCCUUAGAUCAGGCAAAUGAUGAGUUGAUACAAAGCUUUUGGGACAGAUUGUCUGUAAAAAUU